AUGGCCUCGGAGUCCGUCGUCGAUUCUUUCCGACCCGUUGAAAUGAGCACAGACGUUGUCUCUACCGAUUCGUCCAAGACUCGGACGCUGCCUGAUCUGGGGACCAUCGACAUCAGACAGGCUGGAUGGGUCAUCUUGGACGUGUUUGUGUCCGGACGUUAUUGCAAAUAUGUCCGCAAUCUCCCGCAAUCUCCAUGGAUCAUCGACGGCGUGCGAAAGUGCGAAAGCUCUGUCCAAGAACUUAUCGGACCCAUCCUGGCCGCGCACUUCGUCGCCGACAGCUACAAAUUUAUGGCCUCCGGACGCGAGGACGUCGACGUCCGCAUGCUGGGUCGCGGCCGCCCAUUCAUCGUCGAGCUCAUAAACACGCACCGACCCCAUCUUAGCGAGAAGCAAUAUGCGGCUAUUCAAAAAGAAAUCAACCAAAAAUCCGCCGGAAAAAUCCGCAUCCUCGACCUUCAGCAAGUCAGCGAUAAGGACACGGAGACCUUGAAGCACGGCGAAGAAUUCAAAGAGAAAUCCUACCAAUGCGUCUUGUGGAUGCCCGAACCCGUCGAACGAGAACGCCUUGAGUCUCUAAGCCAAACGCCGGAAUUCGAAAUCGAGCAGCUGACGCCCAUCAGGGUCUUGCACCGAAGAUCUUUGUGUUCCAGAAAAAGAAAAAUAUCCAAGAUGUCUUUCACGUACAUCAAUAGCCACUACGCAUUGCUGGACAUCAAAACACAAGCGGGAACGUACAUAAAGGAAUUUGUUCAUUCAGACCUGGGAAGAACAAGACCCAGCUUAGGCGAUUUGUUAGGACAAGACGUCCAAAUCCUCUAUUUAGACGUAACCGAGGUUGAGCUGGACUUCCCCAAAAAGCUAGAAAACGAAGAAGAGCCCGUUUCAAACGCUGGCACAAUACUUGACAGCAUAGAUUUAAAUAGUGUACCCUCAAUCACUUGUGCAGACGGCUCGAAAUCGCCUUCUUUUCAGCCUUCUCCCCCUCCUCAAAAUGCGCACCAAUGCUCUCCCCUUUUAUCCUAACUCUCCAGCGCGGCGGAAAGCCCUCAC